GCGUACGAAUGGAUGAAGGACACUUUGAUGCGUUGGAAGUUGCCUUUUAUCUGCUUCACCUGGCAGCUGGUAAUGAUCAUCCUCUUCGGGGUUUUCAUUCGAUACGAUGAGGAAUCAGACGCCCGUUGGAUUGUAACCAGAAUAUCCCAUAAUAUCACCAGCGACUUGGAAAACGAUUUCUACUUCAGGUAUCCCAGCUUCCAGGAUGUUCAUGUGAUGAUUUUUGUGGGAUUCGGGUUUCUGAUGACCUUCCUGAAGAGAUACGGAUUUGGAAGUGUUGGAUUCAACUUCCUCAUUGCAUCCUUUAGCAUCCAGUGGGCUCUGCUAAUGCAGGGAUGGUUUCAUUCUUUAGAUUUUAGUGACGGCAAAAUCAAAAUCGGUGUGGAAAGUUUGAUAAAUGCUGAUUUCUGUGCCGCCUCGGUGCUGAUCUCAUUUGGUGGUGUUCUUGGAAAAGUCAGUCCAGUCCAGCUGUUGAUCAUGUCGCUGUUUGAAGUGACUCUGUACGCAGUGAAUGAAUUCAUCCUCCUGAAUAUUUUAGGGGCUAAAGAUGCUGGGGGUUCGAUGGUUAUCCAUAUGUUUGGUGCUUAUUUUGGACUCACAAUCACCCGUAUCCUGUACAGGCCAAAUUUGGAUCAAAGGAAGAAUGAAUCUGUUUACCACUCUGACCUCUUCUCCAUGAUUGGCACCCUCUACCUCUGGAUUUUCUGGCCCAGCUUCAACACAGCAAUUUCAAACCAUGGGGAUGCCCAACACCGCGGUGCCAUCAAUACCUACUGCUCGCUGGUGGCCAGUGUCCUCACCACCAUUGCCAUUUCCAGUAUCGUUGAGAAGAAGGGAAAGAUCAACAUGGUUCAUGUUCAGAAUGCGACACUGGCUGGCGGUGUGGCUCUUGGCACAGCUGCAGAAAUGAUGCUCAGUCCCUAUGGAUCACUGAUUGUCGGGGCUGUCUCAGGGGCUGUGUCAACGUUAGGCUUCAUCUACCUGUCGCCACUCCUGGAAAAAUAUCUUAAGAUACAAGAUACCUGCGGCAUCCAUAACCUCCAUGCUAUUCCAGGUCUGAUUGGAGCUAUCGUGGGAGCUGUCACUGCUGCAGCAGCGACUGAAGGAGUAUAUAGCAAAGAAGGGUUAGUUGUUGCUUUUGGUUUCGAGGGCCCAUUUGCCAAUCGGACGCCCAGUGUCCAGGGAGGAUUUCAGGCUGCGGCUCUCUGUGUUACUCUCGUUCUGAGUAUUGCGGGAGGGAUAAUUGUAGGUUUUAUUCUGAAGUUGCCGUUCUGGGGUGAUCCAUCAGAUGAAAACUGUUAUGAAGACCAGGUGUACUGGGAGGUGCCAAAGGAAGAAGAAUCUGCAUUGUACAGUGUCCAAUAUGUGAACAACUCACCCACAAAAUCUACUACAAAUAGUGACACUCCACAAUGAGCCUGUUUUAGAUCGCAUGUCGUGAUUGAUUUUAUGAAGCAUUUACAGAAAACAUAAAAAGAGCUUUGUCAGAUACCUCUGUGCUGAUCAGUACUGAACAACAAGUAAAAGCAGCACCUUCACUGAACUCACCCAGAACUGUGCAAUAUGUCUUCCCUCACAUUUCUACGCAAAAGCCUGUGGGUGAUGGAAUUCUUCUGGAAUGAUCUGGCAGGGGCCAGGACCAUCUCCAUCUCUUCAGCUACACUUACCAGGAAUGUUUGCUUUCACCUUAGGGCUGCUGUGUUUCCUUGAGUGAUUAGCUUUUCAAGGACGGAUCCAUUCGGAACCAGAGCAUCGACUGUCACCAGCAGCUCUCUUGAUCCCUUUUUUUUUGUUUUGUAGAGUCCCCUCUGAUUUUCCUCCUUGCCUCUACUGAAGGAUCUAACUCUUGCUGGAGUGCAGGCAGCAGCCUGUUCACACAUGGGAGGCCACACAGUGAAUGUCAGAAAUUUAUACAGUGCCUUUCACCACGUCAGAGCGUUCGAAAGCACCUCACGGUCAAUGAAGUGGCUUAUCUUUUUCUAAAAGGUGUGUUCACUGUUGUGAUGUCGGCCAGCCUGCUUGACCGAGACUGAGCCCAAUUUUGUUCUCAUGCAAAUUCCACACACAUUACUCUUCCCUAAUUACCACUGCCCUAACGUCAAAUUUUAUCAUAGAACAAUAAACAGGUGACAGGAAAUCAGCAGCCUGACUUGCACCUCUGCAAAAUUCCAUGUCCAUUCUGUUUAAAGCAUCUGUUAAUUGCGUAUUCGUUGUUUUCCAUUGAGUGACAGUGAAUAAGGAUCAGUGGAAGGAACCUUAGUGGAUUUUAUUUGCCCUCCCCCUGGAUCAGACCAGGAAGGCCAACCUGAUUGCAGUAUAGCUGGUCUGAAUGAGGUCAACUGACUCAGCGCCAAGCAGGUCUCUGAACACAACACUUUCCUAGCCAGUUCUAUACCAGAUAUUCACUGAGCCAUUGGCAUCAGCACCCAGAUCUGGGUCUAAUCAUUCUGUUCCUCAUAGUCUGCAAACCCCUUGGGAAUGUUGUGUCUGCUGCUAUAUAUACAAAUAUAUGGAUUCGGAGCAGGAGAAGACCAUUUGGCCCCUCGAGCCUGUUCCGCCAUUUUGAUACGAUCAUGGCUGAUCUGAUUGUGGCCUCAGUUCUACUUUCCUGUCUACUCCCUAUACCCUUUGACCCUCUUGUUAAUCAAUGAAUCUAACUUAGCCGUAAAAAAUAUCCAGUGACCCUGCAAGAUGCAGGUAGUUAUACAGUUGAAUUCGGAAAUUCAACUUGUCCAGACACAGCAUUCCUGCCCCUUGUAGGCCCAGAAUUUCCUGGAUGACACGUGUAUGUAAAUUACACCAAAACUGAUGUCAGUUGCUGUGCCCAUCUUGCCAGUUUGUGGGAAGUGAAUUUGUGUGCCAAAUUUUCCACUGAGCCCGUUCGCCUGAUCACCUGAUUGUCACAGAACAAGUGCAAACUCAAGAGUGUUGCCUCACAUUCGAAUUAUAUUCAAAAUGGCUGGACAGACAGUGGUAAAUCUCUAACCUCAAGCUGGUAUCUGGCUGAGUCAGAACGGAGAGAAAGAGGAUGCAGAGUGGCUACCAGCAGUUGAGGGCUGGGAGGGGGGGUUGUGCAAUGUUCUCGUGGUGGGGAGGAGAACGCUUGCUCCUCCUGGCUUUUGCAUGGAGUGUUUACACCCCCCUGCCUCAUCUGGUGGGGCACACUCUGUUCAGACCACAGUUAAUAAAGAAAUUGAGGUGCUAAUUGGGAUCCCCUGACAUUAAUCAGCAUUUAUGAAUCAGCGCCCCCAACCCUGCACACAACCCACCCCACCUCCUGCCCCUGAAUCUGAGGGACACUUCAACCAAAAUCAGUGGCAAUAAACUUUGGAGAUUGGCGGGAAUAGAAUGUGAUCAGCCAUUCUGAACAGGAAAAGAUAAAAUCCACCCUCCCUAAAUGGUUGUUUUGGACACAUCCUGUUAAAGUAGAUGGAAAUUAUGCACCUGUGUGCUAACAUGUUUUGCUUUGUUGCAUUUUUCUUUUCACCAAAGAUGGUAAUAAAUAA